AUGGUCACAGUACGAUGCCCUUGCGAAGCAGGUAGCAGCCUUGUAAGGCACCUUGAACAGAUCAGCUCUCGUGAGAAUCAUUUGGGAAGAACUUUGGAACUUUUGGAAUUAAGGAACAAGGCAGCAGGACAAACACUUGCUGAUAAUUUGGCUGAUCCACAGAGAGUAAAUCCAUUGCGGCUCUUUGUGAAGGAAAGUCCCAAACCGAAACAGGACAUCACUGAUAUUUCACAUAUUAAAGCUUCAAAUGACUUAUGGGCAUGGUUAAACAACCUAACGGAUAUUCAGGAAUCCCACUCACGGACCAAACGCAGACCCAUUGUUAAAACAGGAAAAUUCAAGAAAAUGUUUGGGUGGGGAGACUUCCAUUCCAACAUCAAAACAGUUAAAUUGAAUCUUCUCAUUACUGGGAAGAUAGUUGACCAUGGGAAUGGGACUUUCAGUGUUUACUUUAGACACAACUCAACUGGUCUUGGGAAUGUAUCUGUAAGCCUGGUUCCACCAUCCAAGGUCGUGGAAUUUGACUUCUCCCAGCAGUCAACAAUGGAGACCAAGGAGUCCAAAACAUUCAACUGUCGAAUUGAGUAUGAGAAAACAGACAGAGCAAAGAAGACCGCACUAUGUAAUUAUGAUCCUUCAAAGAUAUGCUAUCAGGAGCAGACCCAAAGUCAUGUUUCCUGGUUAUGUUCCAAACCAUUCAAGGUUAUAUGCAUAUAUAUAGCUUUCUACAGUGUAGAUUAUAAACUUGUGCAGAAAGUUUGCCCCGAUUACAACUAUCAUAGUGAAACUCCUUAUUAUUCAUCUGGUUAA